CUUGCCCACCCAUUUUAUCAUCCGAGACAUCGGCAACAUGAUCAUGGAUCUUAGCACCCUUUGACAUCCACAUUAUGUGUAUCAGAAAGUACUCAAUACAAAAAUGGUAAUAAUAUGCGCAACGCAUAGUUUACCCAUCAAAAUUGGUACCAAAAUUCAACUUUUCACGUAUACCAUUCCCAAUUUGGCUCUUCAGAAGUCAGCCUCCAUCCAUUUCAAACGCAAAAUCUGCUUUAAUUUCUGCUGCAGAAGCAUUGAAGAAGAUAAGCAAACGGCAGAGAAGGGUUUCUCGUUGCUGGAAUCGGAUCCGCCAUGGGAAAUUGGGAGUAUAUGGAGCACCAUGGGUUUGUAUUUUUUCAGUUUGCAUAUACCUUUAAGUUUUGGUGGAUUGUCCAUCGUCGCUCACUUAUUGCAUCAGCCUGAACUUCAGCCUCAAUUCAAGGCAGUGAUGAUACUUAUGAUUGAAACUCUGGAGCUGUUUUGUGCUCUGUUGCUUCUGCAGUUCACCGCAAAACACAAGCCAGUCAACUUCCUUCAACUAGGAAAAAUGCAAAAUGAGCGAAACUGGAUGUUUGGUGCUUUUCUGGGCUUUGUAUUCCUAGUUCUGGUGAUGUUCUUUACAUCAUUUCUCGCUGACCAAUUAGAUGGCACGAAGGGGUCGAGCAAUCAAACAGUGAAGGAAAUUUUGUUGAGUGGCAGUGUGGCGCAGACUGCAUGUGCACUUGUGUAUUGCCUCAUCGCUCCUCUGCUGGAGGAGAUCAUAUAUAGAAGAUUUUUAUUGACCUCUCUAGCGCUCAGUAUGAAAUGGUAUCAGGCGGUAAUGAUAAGUUCACUCAUCUUCAGUGCAGCUCACCUUUCAGGUCAGAAUUUCAUUCAACUACUUAUAGUAGGAAUGGUGCUUGGUUGCUCUUAUUGUUGGACUGGAGACUUGAGAUCUUCCAUCCUUUUGCACUCUAUGUAUAAUGCUUUGACUCUCCUAAUAACUGUCUUGGCCUGAUUUAUGAGAAGAUUUUGAAUUUCCAUUAGUUGCAAAUAUAUUUUUCCCAGAACAAAUUAUAAACAAGUAUCAUUGAGAUAUUACUCCGUCUGUCCCUUUGCAUAUAUUACAACUUAAAUUUUAAAGUGUGCUUUUUAAGAGUAUUUUAGUAAAUUCAAAAGGACAGAUGAAAUAACUAUUAAAAAUGUUACUUUUGGUUAAAUUUUGAAUUUAUGAGUUUUGACUUUUAUCGCUCAUGAUGUAUGGAUAUAUUUGUUUUGUUCAACCCUUAAAAUUUGAUGCAUUAAUCAUGCUUAGGGCAUAACAAAAUUGAGGUUCGCCAAAUAUAAACCUUUUGUCCAACUUUUACGUUUUAGUCCUAAUAACUUUUUGUUUGUAUAAUGUUAUUGUAGAUAAUUAUCAUAUAAAGAGUCUUUAUUGAGUAUAUUUCUAUUUUUGCAAUGGGAUAAUAUGAUGUAUUCUCUUUCUAAAAGUAAUGCAGUAUGAUAUAAAGAAUGUAAAGAGUAUCUUUUGAAAUAUUGUAUGUAAUGUAUUGAUUAAAAGAAUAUUACAUAUUCCCUUCGUUAUUUUGUUAGUCUAGUUUAGAUUUUUUUAUUUUAAGAGAGAGAAAUUAUAUUAGAUUUUUGAGGGAUAUAUUAAAGCUAAUAUAUAUAUAUAUAUAUAUAUAUAUAUAUAUAACUUGAAUUUGAUGGUGAUAAUAUAUGUACUUGUAUCUGUUAUAUUUGGUUCAUUACAUAAAGCUGAUAAAGGUUUGGAAGUGAUGUGUUUUUUUUUUUUUUAGAAAAAGUCGUGAUCUUUUCGUGUGACUAUGUCAUGUUUUUGGAAUAAAGUAAUUCAAACAAGUAAUUUGGAUGGUGGUAAACGUAAAAUAUUUGUAUGCAAUUUAAGUAUGACUUUGGAUGAAUUAGGACUUCAUAUAUGCUCACGAAUUGGGUUGACUCUACAAUUAUUAGUGUGAAUUUGAGUUUUGAAUAUGGGAUCAUGGAUGAAUGGACAAUUCUUAGCAUAUCUCAUUGAUGAUGAUGAGGCAUUAGACGCUAUGUCUGAUGGUGAAAGAUUAAUUUGGUAUAGAUGUCACCUAUAAACGGGUGUGGUGUGCUAAGCACCAAGUCGUUGUUUCCAUCUAUCAUCUAUGACAGUCUCCACGCUUUUCGAAAGCAAUACGACAUGCAAACCACGCGAAAAUUGUUGAGUGAUUUUUUAAGGAAGACAAGGAUAAGGGUGUGUAUGUUCGCAGCAACCAAAUAACCCUCCAACAUGUGUUUUAGCCCUUUAAACCUUCCAUUAACGGGUUCAAGUCGGCAAACAUAUUAUUGCCAUUGACGGUACGCAUUUUUAUGGUAAGUCAUCACGCGCUCUUAACUGCAAUUGCUCAAGAUGGUAGUAAGGGUAUCUUUCGACUUCUCUUUGCAUUGGUCGAAAAAGAAUGCAUAGCUGCAUGGUCUUGGUUCUUGGUAAUAAGGGUAUCUUUCCACAUGCAAAAAGUAAUAUAUGAGUCGAUGACUCCUUAACUUAGCUUGGAAAGUUGAUUUGUAGAAAAUUCAUCAAAUCAAAAUUAAUGAAAUAUAGGGAAAUGUUGAAAAUUCGACUACUACUCCAUUACUAUAUAACAAGCAGCCGGUCUCUUGAGAGACCGUCUCUUUGAGAGACGUCUUUGAAGCCCAACCUAUUAAACCUUAUUGUCCACUUAUUGUAUUAUUAAUGCCUACUUAUAUUAUCCUUAAUGCUUACAUACAAUAUAUUUAAUGCCUAUCGAAAAAGUACUCAAAAUGCCUACUUAAAAUAUUCUUAAUGCCUACCGAAAAACUUAGUCUACUAGCCUACUUAUCAUAUUCUUAAUGCCUACUUACAGUGUCUUUAAUGUCUACUUACAAUAUACUUAAUGCCCACCGAGUAAGUACUUAACUACUUAAAAUAUUCUAAAUGUCUACUUACAUUAUUCUUAAUGCCUACCGAAGAACUUACUCUAUACUUUCCUUUUUGGGCCUACCUAAUUAGAAAAGGUCUCAAAGAUCUAACAAAAAUUUGUGUACAACAAUAGUUUCGAACUACUAACAUUCAUUUAUAAAAUGAAAUCAUAAUACAUAGCAUUUUAUUCAUCAAUUACAUUUUAAAUUUCCUCAUGUUUCUUCACUG